UCCAUAACCGCGUGUGGUAAUUGAUACCUUCGUCGUAACUACGCACUGGGAAGAGUUUUGAUUUUGUUUAUAUUUUGAAUUUUCGACCUGAAACUUCUGGCACAUUUUUAUUCCGAUAUUUAAGAUUUUAGUAAACGUUAUUGUCUGAAUGUCAUCUGUGGUAGAUGACAAAAAGAGAAAAUCUCAAUUCGUUGAAGAAUUUAAAAAAAAAAUCCAGUUUUAAAAUUAAGAUUUAAAGCAUUCUUUGAGUGUACCUCGAUUCGAGGGGUGACAAAAGCCUGCCGGUGUCUUGAAUGUGUACCAACCAGUCUUCCGCUAUGUCUUUGCUACUUUCCAAGUUGAACCUGAGUACGUUGCUCAACUCUUGUAUUCCGUCGAAUGCACCGUUUCAAAAGUGCUUAAGAUACAGUCCGAUGAUUUUGAACCGUGUUCACAACAAACCGCUAGAGGGUGAACAGCUUAAAGAAUCAUCGAAAAAGAAAAAGCCCGUUUACAUAUCGUUGAUCGGCACAGAUGACAAUGUAUCGUAUAUCACUUUGGAAGAAGCCACUAAGCUUUCGAACAGAAGAGGUCUGAAGUUAAUGAAAAUAACAGAUUUCGAUGUAAAGAAAAAAUGUGCCGUAUACAAACUCUUAACCAGUGCCCAGUACUUACAAGAUGAAAUCAAACACAAAAAAAGCACAAAAGACCAACCCACUGGGUUCAAAAGCGAGAAAAUAAUUACAUUUUCGAACAAAAUUUCAAAUCACGAUUUAGAUUUUAAAGUUAAACAGAUUAUCAAGUGGAUUGAAAAAUAUCACCAAGUACGAGCCACUGUUUCAGGUCUGGAACCUAAUGACCAGCAAACGGAAAAAGUGUAUUCACAGAUAGAGACUUUAAUUGGGAAGCAAGCGAGAAUUCUUCAGAAAAGAAGCUCCGGUGUUGAUAUAAAAUUUCAGAUAGUUCCUCUAAAAAAAGAAAAGAAAGAGAACGAAAACAAAGAAACCGAAAACAGCACUCAAACUUCAUGAGUCAAGGAAAUUUUGUGAUGUUUUAUUAUUAUGUUAGUCACAUUUUUUUUGCCAUGUGAUUUAUGCGCUCAAGUACAUAGGAAGUAAAACCUGAUAUUUGCUAAUAACGCAAAAAACUGUUUUAUUUGCUGGUUGUAGCAGUACUUUUGAUAAAUAUAUAUAUAAUUUUUUUUUU